AUGAAUGGUCUUUCUCUUUCGGCAACUUCAGACACUGGCAAUGGCGUUCCAGAGAGAAGCGGUGACCUAAACAGAAUCACCAACAAUGGAUUUGGGAUCACUGAAACGAAGUUAUUUCCACGGCUAUCGGAAAUGCCUAUGAUUGUUGAAGAAAACGAAGAGUUGCAAAAUGACAGCAUGAAGAGGAUAAAGGAACGCAUGGAUGACACUCCUGAUGAUGGUCUUGGUGCUUCUACCUCUACUGCCGCUGUCGAUGAUGCUUUUGCCAUGAUUGUCUACAAUCAAGGCACAUCUAACGUUGCCAUGGUUUCAGAACACAUUUCGUCUUAUGAAGGAACGGAAAUUCGUGUUCAGCCAGUAAAGGUGGAGUCAGUGAACGGCAGUCUGCACGGCACGCGUAGUGCUACGGCCAGCCCCCACCAUACCCCAAGCUCAGUAGUGGCUUUGCAGUUGAUUUGA